AUUUUAUACACACAUAAGUAAAUAACCACAUAUUUAAAAGAUAACAUAAUUAAUUAGAAAUGGUACACAUGCUAAAACGUACGCAGGUCAUUCAGAUUCCUAUCUGAUAGUACAUUGAGAUAGUUAGAACGCAAUUCAACUGAAAUUCUGCCUCAGGCCGGAAAUACGUGGAUUGUUGCCAUGCUUGGAGGAUUUGCAUCAUCAAAUAAAAUUUGUCUUGUAAAUAAUCAAAUUCCAAAAAUAUAAUCUUAAAAGCUAACUUUAGUUGCACAUUUCAUAUGUGUAUUCGCCUUAAUCAAUAGGCAUUGAUGGUUUUACAUGCAUUUUUUUUAAUUUUGAACUCGUUUCAAGUGACUAUUGAAACCAUAUGUGCCCAGAGAAACAAAAAUUAUUAUGUUUUUUUUAGGAAUAUUGUUAAUGUAAAAUAUAAUAUUUAGUUAAGAAACGAAUGGCUUUCUGAAACGGGCGUUGAACCCAGAUAUUUAAAAAUGUCGAUAAUACACAGCGAUGCUUGAGUAGCGCUUUUUCUACGAGUUUUAAAUUUAGCACCCGGAAUCACUUUCAUUCAAAAGAAAGUGCAAAACAUACAGGUUUGUAUUGAAUUUGACCAGUCAUUCUCGUCAAGUGCAGAUUGCUAGUAAUCGAAAAUUUCGUACACCUGCUUGUACUUUCUCCACCACUCGAAAAAUGAACGUUCUAGAGUUUGAAAAAUGUGUGUCUCGCCGCACUAAAUAAAUUGACACACGUGCUUGUUCUAACGCUUUUUAUAGAUAUUCUUCGUUGUGGUUUAUUCCGUUUAUACAAUAAAACUAAUGCCUAAUGUCAAGCUGCACUAUCUGGUUUUCCUUGAAAGCAGAGUCUAUCCACCUCUCCUUGUUGACGCGCAUUUGAUCAGAAUGGCGGAGGAGGAGGAUGCGGCCGCGACGCCUGCCAAAAGCGAUAAGCAGAGUGUUGGGGACCACUUGCAUUGUGAAGAAAUCAGUAGCGGCAUGGACGGCUGGCAGGAUGGUCUGCCCGACCUGCUCGUCGUCCAGACAGAUCUUGAUGCUGCCAAUGGACAGGACAAGAAGCUUGGUAUCAAGUUCAACAAUGUCUCACUCACCGUCAAAAAAAGAUUUGGAGGAACAAAAGAAAUCCUGUCUAACCUGACCGGCCACUUUGCAAGCGGUCAAUUGACUGCCAUCAUCGGUCCGUCUGGUGCUGGCAAGAGCAGUCUUUUACACGUGCUGGCCGGCCUCUGCACCCCAUCCAAAGGUCACAUCCUUCCGCGGGGUCAGAAGCGUCGGUUGAUCGCUCAAGAAUGCGUCUUCCAAGAGGUGCUAACGGCCCACGAGGUCCUUACAAUGGCAGCCGCCCUCAAGUUGAACCUUCCAGCGGCCGAAAGGCGUGCGGCCGUGCGCCGUGUUCUCCGCUCCCUCAACCUAACACAGUGCGCCUCCACGCAAUGCUCUUCCCUCUCUGGUGGACAACGAAAGAGACUGUCCAUCGCCCUAGAGCUCAUCGAUGAACCACCUGUCCUAAUUCUUGAUGAACCAACCACUGGUCUGGACAGCGUAUCCGGCUUGCGUUGCGUGCACACCCUGCAGCGGCUGUCUCGAUGCGACGCGCGCACCAUAGUGUGCACCAUCCACCAGCCAAGUGCCCGCUUUCUGCAGCUCAUGGACGCGGUGUACUUGCUGGCCGCCGGACGCUGCCUCUACAGCGGCCCUGUCGAUGGUCUGCUGUCCCAAUUGGCCGCAAAGAACCUCAUCUGCCCAACAUACCACAACCCUGCUGACUUUGCACUUGACGUGGCUUCAGGAGAAUAUGGCACUGAGGUGGUUGAUAUACUCGCAGCCGAUGAAGUGGCGAAAAAAUCACCAACCUCAUCUCACUUCCUCAAAGUAACAGAGGGUAGCAGUGGUCCUGCUACUCCCUUUUUCAGACAAUUUUUCACAUUGACGUGGAGAUACUUGUACAUUAUGGUCAAGCAAAGGUCUGUGACGCUGACCAAGGUGAUUGUGCACCUAGCAAUCGCUCUUGUUCUUGGCAUCUUGUACUUUGACAUGGGGGACGACGCCUCACGGGCUCUCAACAAUGCAUGUCUUCACGUUUCUGUGCAAAUCUUCCUAGUUUUCACUGGUCUCAUGCCCACUGUGCUCACAUUCCCUGCAGAAAAGGCCAUCUUCAAACGCGAAUACUCUAACUGCUGGUACACUCUAGAGUCGUAUUUCAUCGCCUCGUUCAUCUCAAGCCUUCCAUUGGCCAUCUUCAACUCAGUUCUGUUUACCUCCAUAGUCUAUUGGAUGAGCAGCCAACCGGCAGACUUGUAUGUCUACCUUGUCAACGUGAUUGCGGCUACGCUCACCUGCCUCAACGCACAGAGUGCAGGCUGGCUUGUCGGCACUGUCGCAGGCUUAUCAAACGGUAUGUUCCUGGCACCCCUGACUGGCGUGCCGCAAUUUCUGUUCUGCGGCUACUUUGUCGCACUGAGCACGUCGCCAUUGCUGGUGAACAUGAUCGCCUACACGACUAGCUACACGAUGUACAGCUUCCACGCCUGCAUCUCCACCAUCUAUGGCCCGGAAAGACCCAAUCUUAGAUGCGAUGAGCUGUUCUGCUACUUCCGCUCACCGUCCAAGCUGCGCGCGUUCCUCGACACGGCUGACAGAAGCGUGUUCGUCGACUUUGCCGCCCUGCUCACCUUCCUUGCGGUCAUCAAUCUGCUUACUUUUCUCGUCAUGAAGAUCAAAUACACUCAUCUCCAAAAAGGAAGCCAUCUCCGCCUCUGUCUGUGAUUUAAUUAAAUCAAAUUUAUCAUGACAAGAAAAGGAAACCUAUAAACGUUUUUAAGUGCUGCAAGGAGUGUUUUGGACGACAACUCUGCUAAAAGAACACUUUUUUAUAUGUGAUUUUAUUUUGUAAUCGAGUGCACCAGAAAAAUACAAAUUUUCCAUCUA